GCCCUCCAGCAUGGACACACUGUUCCAGAAGAUUAGCCACCUCUUCGAGCGAAGUCGGGAAGUGCUGGGGAAAGAUCAAUUUGAUACUCCAGUUGACAUUGAUAAGCUGCCCCCCAACUACCAUCAUGAGGAGAAUAAGCAGCGGAGAGUGGGAAAUUCCACUUUUUCCAGACACUAUGAAAUCAAUAAAAUGACUGAUAAUCAUACAGGUGAUAUGAUGUUUUCGGAGAAAUCUGUGACCUCUAUUGAGCAAAAAGAGAUUGAUCCAAAGGAGGAGGACAAUAAAUCAAUGUCUAAUGAAGAAGAAAACAGUGCUGAGCCAGAGAGAACAACUGCUGGGCUUAAGAUUUUCAAGCUAGGUUUCCCUCAGCUUCGGCCAAAGCUAACUUUUCUUAUUUUUCGCUUGCCCCAGCAUCUUAAGAAUCAGCAGAUGCCUGAAGCCAAAUUGACCAGUUGUAGCUUCUGGAUGAUCUUCAAGGGCAGCUCCAUUGCUGUAAUACAAUUGUGA